CGUCGGAAAUUACAACAUGGCCGCUACAGAAGUCAAACAAACUAUUGGGGAGUCUUGUGAUUGCUUUCGACCUUAGUUUUGGACACUUUUUGAAGUUUGCUAAAGUUUAUCCCAAGUGUUUUUUUCUUGUUAGUAUGCUGUUCAACAUUGCACAAUAAUGUCAUGGCUUGGAGGCAGUCUUUCGUCCCUGACUGGACAGUUGUCGAAUCUCACAAAAGACAUCCUGACAGAGGGAACAGAAGAAAUCAGUGACCCGGCCACAGAGCUGAGACUUGCCAAGGAGAAAAUCCAACAGCUUGAUGCUAUCGUCACCUCGCAGAGACAGGAGACUAUGAUGGUGACCAGGGCGACUGGGACUUUGACGAGACGUUGCGUCUGCAGCGAGAGACCAACAGCCUGCGCUCCCAGGUGCAGAGGCUGGGGACACAAGUACAGCACUGGAAGUCUGUGGCUGCACAGCUGGGUCACCAUGCCGGUGAUGAAGUUGCGGAAGUCACAGCCAGUGCUGAUGUCCUUGACCUUCAGAACAAGAUCAAGGAACUGGAGGGUCAAUUGUCCCGAUCUCGGGAAGAUCUCCAACAACAGGCAACAUCCCUGCACGACCACCACCGCGAGAAAGUGGCAACACUCAAAUCUCGGCAUAAGACAGAGGUGGAGGCUUUGUGCUCACAAGUUUCAGCUCUUGAGCAAAACCUAGCUGAUGUGAGAGAUGUGGGAAGCAGCUCACAACACAGUGGUUCUGGUACCCUGCCGGAGGCUGAGAGGUCAGAAGUCACCGAAGCCAGAGAUGAAGUGCAGCGUGCCAGACUGACACAAGCCUUGCACCAAACAGAACAGGCACAGCAUGAGCGUGACAGGCUGGAGUCUGAGCUGUCAAAACUUCGGCAGGAAGUGGUGCGGCUCCAGCAGCAACGAGACUCAGCUUUGGCCGGUAGCAAUGGAGAAGAUCUUCAGAGGACAGUGGACGAGCUAUCUCAGAAGCUGGAAGCGUCCGAGGUGGAGAGGUCUUCACUGCGCCGGGAGCUGGCGGAGGUGAGGGAGGAGUUGGUCAACACCAAGUACAGACUGUUGGAUCAGCUGGAUGCAAACCAUGCUGAUGCCCAGGGUGUGCUUUGUGAGCUGAGAGAAAUGCGAGAGUCGAUGGAUAUGGAGGCUGUGAGUCGCCGUGGCAACAUGCGAGCAGAGAUGAGGUCGCUGGUCAAUCAAAUGUUCCGGGUGGGACAACAGAGCUCAGAGCUGAAGCAGUCGCUGCAGACGGUGAAGUCUGAACAAGAAGAAGUGCGCGACAAAGCAGAGCUGUUACUGGAGGAAAUGACAGAUCCUGGGAGACAGAAGCUCACAGCAGAUGUGUUUGACAGUCUGGAGCGUGAGACUUUGGUCCUGAGGGAGGAGAACCUGAAGCUGAAGGAGCAGAUAACCUUGUUGGAGAAGUCUGUGCUAACCAGUGGUCAAGAGAGACAAAGCCUGCAGGCAACAGUGACCAAACUGAAGGGGAGGCUUGGGGAACUCACUGGGCAAGACUGGGAGGACUCAGACACAGAUGUCUCCUCUCUGCUCAGUGGAGAGCGAGAAAACCCUCGAAGCGCUCUGGACAUUGGCCAGGAGGAAGUGGACAGGGAGCUGGCUUCAUUGCGGGUACAGCUGGAGACCCAGAAAGAGAGCAUGUCUGGUGUGGAAAUGGAGAGAGCCGACUGGCUGAUGGAGCGAGAGGCAUUGGAGGAUGUCUUGACCGAGCUCAGACAGAAAACGCAAGAACAGGAACAAGAACUCGUGUCUCUGAAGUCAUCAGGCUCAGAUGUGGUUGGAGAAACAUCUGCAGAUGUGAAGUCAUCACAGGAACGUGUGGCUACAUUGGAGGCGGAGCUUAGCUCUCUGCGUGGGGAUCGGGAUGAGCUGGAAAGUGCCUUGGAGGAGCUAGAUUCACAGCACUCUCAGGCCCUGGAGCAGUUAAUAGCUCAGCGAGAUCGCCUGGCCGCUGAACUGGCACAGUGCCAUACCCAGCUACAGCAGCAGGGGGAGCAACUGGAGCAGGUCAAUGAAAAGGUGGCUUCACUCACCGCUCAGCUCGCAGCUCAGGGACAGAGUGGUGGAGGGGAUUCAAAGAACCCUGACAGUAAAAACUGGGAGGAGAAGUGCCUUGCCCUUGAGAGAGAAAUGUCUUUUGUGAGGGAGCAGAGCGGUGGCAAGUGUGAGGGUUAUGAAAAGGAAAUAGGUGAGCUGAAAGAGAAGCUCCAGAAGGGUGGGCUAGUCAUCAACGAUCUGCACAUGGACAAGCAGGAACUUCAAGGGGAGCUGGCUGCGGCCCAGGAGCAGGUGGCCCUCAAGGUGUCCAAACUGAAGGAGAUGAGGGAAGAGAACAGCUCGCUGGUCACGCAGAAAAAGGAGGCCGAGGAUAGAUUGAGUGACAUAGAGGAUAGACUGAGAGAGACAGAGGAGGAGUUGGAGCGUUGGCAACAAGUGAAUGAGGAGAAGCAGGUGGGCCAGAUGGAGGUGGGGAAGCAGGCAGCAGAGAAUGCAAAGCUGCGCUCUCGACUAGAGCAUAUGGAGAAAGAGAAGCAGACUUUUACUGGGGAGCUGCAGCAGCUUAUCAGAGACAAUGUGACGGAGGUCUCCCCCACACCAGCUCUUGAGGACCAGACGCUACUGUCAAUCUUGGAGGAAGAGGCACGGGUUCGACUUCAGUUAGAAAACGAUGGCAAACUGAUCCACGAACUGAGACAGGAAGUUCAGCGGCUGUACAGUGACAAACAAACACUUGUCCAGCAGCUACGAGAGAAGAACAAGUCUGAGGACUCACCGGGAGAGAGGGAGCGGGAACAUCAGUCCCAGGUGGAGGCACAGGAAGAACAGAUAGAGAGUCUCAUCCAGAAAACAGGACAGAUGGAAGAACAGUUGAAGUGUGAGGCUGGCAAGAGCCAGGGGUUAGAAGAAAAACUGAAGCAGGAAGCCAGAAAGAGGCAAGAGUUGGAAGAACAGCUGAAAUCGGAAGCUAGCAAGAGCCAGGAGCUGUACUCCAAGUUAUGCAUCUGUGAGGGAAAACUAGAAGCUGCAGGGGAACAGCACUGUGAAUUGGUGGCGGAAGUGGAGAGACUGCAGCAGGAUGCAAAUAUACAUGCACAGAAGGUGGCAGAGACUGCUAUGUUAAAGUCUGGCCAAGAGCAGAUGACCAGAAUGGAGGAAGAGCUGACUGAAAAGUGCAGGUUGGUAGAGGAGUUAACUGCCAAAUCGUCUGCCUUUACUCAGGAGAUGCUGACAGUCAAGGCGGAGAUCUCGCGGCUAGAGCAAGUCUGUGAGGAGAAGGAUGAGCAGAUCGGACAGCUAAAGUCUCGUGUCAUUCGCUUUGGCACAGACCUCGAGGAGAUAGAAGGCUCUGUGUCUGCUGUAGAAGACAAGCACAUAGAGGAACUGCGGGGCAAGGAGCAGGAGCUGGACAAACUGAGGGAGAAAAAUCUGGGCUUGGAACGCACGUUGAGCCAGACACAGGAGAUGAACAAACUCACAGGCACCACACACCUAUCGGAUGCACACAUUUCUGAAAGAGAGGGUGGUCUUUCAUCCCAGGAGAGAGAAAGACUAGAGGAGACCAUCUCUCAGCUGGAAGUAGAACUGAGUCUGUCCAGAGAGACGAUCACUGCUCUACGUCUGGACCUGUUGACUGCGCAGGACACCGUUCAGUGUCAUGAGGCUGGUAUCGCACAUCUCAACAAGAAGACGGAAGAACAGAGGAAAGAAUUGGAGAAAGUGUCUUCAGAGUCAACGCGCCAGGAGAGUCACCUGGCUGUGUUGCGUCAGACUUCUGUGGACAAGGAGACGGUUCUGGCGGAUGUGCAAGGUCGACUCAGCUUCCUGCUGUCCAUCCUCUCCCCUCAGCAACUACAGCAGUUACAGCACUUUACUGACAGCAAUUCCCAACAGCCUGCUCUAGAGUAUCAUGAGGUCAAGGCCAUCGAGUACUUUGAGGAGAGUCAAGCUGGGGCUGUGAACACCCCUGUGAGUGGUGGGGACAAGAAACGAACUGGCUAUCAGCAACAUGAAGAUGCUGUUCUAAGUGUGAAUGGCAGCAUUGUUGAAGAUGUCACAGAAGACAUACGUCUCAUAGAAAGCUCUCAGUCUGAUCAGAAAAGAUUUCAAGUUGUGGAAAAAGAGCUGGAGGAGCUUCGAGAGAGACUAAAGGAAAAAGACACAAUAGUCUCUGAGUUGCAGAAGAGUAACUCCUCAUUGCUGGGCCUGCUGGAAGGAACAGGGGACCGAAGUGGUCAAGUUUCCACUCACAAACUAGAGGCAGAGUUGAGAAGUUUGCAGGCAGAGAGAGAGCAGAUGGUGGCAGUGGUUAGUGAGAAGUCUCGGGAGAACUCGAGCCUCAAAUCUGAGGUGCACAGGCUGAUGGGGGUAGUGGCUGCCGGUCAAGCUGCGCUAGACAAACUGCAGACAGACAACAAGGAGCUGGAGCAGAGGCAGCGCUCCCCCCCUCGAGACAACGAGGCAGAGGACGACGAGAUGCGGCGUGAGGCUCUCACCAACAUGGCCAGGCUUGUGAGAGAUCGAGAGACAGAGAUUGAGGCUCUGCAGCAGAAAAACACAACUUUGCUUGCUGUGCUCCAGGAGUCUUCAAGUCAGUCAGAGGCUGCUUCCCACUUGGGCCCACUGCUGAGAGAGAAGGAGACCCUAGCCCAGCAGGUAGUAGCACUCAACGCUGAGCGGGAACAGUUAGUGGCCUGCCUCACCCAGAAACACUCGGAGGCCGUGGCAUAUCACGGGGAGACGCAGCGUCUGGCUUCUCUACUGGCCAGCGGUCGAGAAGAGACGGAAAAGGCCAAGAGUGAAUACCAGGCACUGGUGCCAACGUUUGAGGAUAAAUGCCGGGCCCUGGUGUCAGCUCAGGGGGAAGUGGCUGAGCUGAGGCAGAGGCUGAGAGAGAUGGAGGUUCGCCAUGGAGAGCUGCUACAACGCUCAAGUAGCCUUGAGGUCAUAGGUCACAGCAGUCAGGCUGAGCACAAUCGUGUGGUGGAGAGUGAGCUGAGAGACACACUGAGUGAUCGAGAGCAGAAGAUUCAGGCCCUGAGCCGCAAGGUGAAGACCCUGGAGGAGUCAAUGGCCAGCCGGGAGGCCGAGUGUCAUCACCUGAGGAAACAGACGGAGAGCUCCAAGUUCCAGUUGACUGGCCUGGUGUCUGAGCUGGACGACCUAAAGGGGGACAGAGAGCAGCUGCAGGCCAAGACAAUAGCACAGGAGAGUGAGUGCGCUGGUCUACGUGAAGCAGUCAGCAAAUUGACGCUAAGCAUGCGGGAGAAGGACCUUGAAGUGUCGGGUCUGAGGGAGCAGGUGGCCACACUCAAUGCGCUUCUUCAGGAAAGAGAUGGAGAGGAUGGCCAAGUGGCUCAGCUCAUGAGGGAAAACGAGUCGGUCAUGAGCUCUACGCGACAGCUGCAGCAGGAGAGAGACCAACAGGCUAUGCUGGCAGAACAACGGCUUCAGGAGGGCGCAGCUCUCAGAGCUGAGAUUCAACACAUGAAGGACAAAGAGUUCAAACUGAGCCGUGAGUUGGAGCGGCUGAGAGGCCACCUGCUGCAGAUCGAGGAGGGCUACACUAAAGAAGCUCUGGACUCUGAGGAGCGGGAAAAAGAUUUGAGGAAUCGACUGGCCGUGGCAGAGGAGCAGCUCAUGUCUUCUUCCUCCCAUGUGGAGAGAGCCAGCGAGGAGUGGAGUCGGCGUGCGGAGAGCCUGGAGCAGCAGGUCCAGCAGAUGUCUGGUCAGCGCGACUCGGCCUUCAAACAGGUGGCCGCCAUACAGGACCAGUGCCAGCAGUAUGCUACCUCACUGGCCAACUUGCAGCUGGUGUUGGAGCACUUUCAGAAAGAGAAAGACUCGGCUAUUGCAGCAGAGACUGAGCACUACAAGGAGGAGGCGAGUGAGUUGAGGGAGAAACUGUCACAACUACAGUCAGAGCUGCAGGCCACACGAGAUGACCUUGCAGAGGCUCUGGAUGGCCUUGAGGCAGCUGGACGUCUGAGCGAACAGCUGGACAGAAAGGAAGAUGCCCUGAGAGCUCUCAAGGAGGAAGUCCUGCUCCGGGAGAAUGCUCUGAGUGCUGCGGAAGAAGAGAUUCACAAGCUGACCUCUAGCACUGAGGCCAAGGUUGACAAGGUUCUCAUGCAUAAUAUCGUGAUGACAUGGCUGACUUCACCCGAGAACAAACGGUCAGAGAUUGUGCAGCUCAUCGGUAGCGUGCUCAGCUUCAGCCAGGAUGACUUUAAAAAGAUCGAGUCAGCCCAUGGCCAUGGAGGUCUUUUGUCUACAAUCUUCCGACGUCCCUCAGCAAACUCUCCAGCCUCUGGUCCUUCCAAUCAGUCUUUCUCACAGUUAUUUGUCAAGUUCCUGGAGCGAGAGUCCUCCCCACCUCCGUCUCCCGUGCGACUUCCUGCCGAGGCAAUGGCGGCCGAGACCCAGCACCGGCACAAGCCACCGAACUUCAACCCUUUCAUGGCUCCACGUCAUGUGACCCAUGAAGGCCCACGAGCAGCGUCCAGCAGCAUGUCCUCCUCCCAUCUACUCAUGUCGCCUGAGGGGCCCGCAACCUCGCCACUCUUCGCACCGCUCACUCAUAGUGCGGGGGAGAGUGCAAUCCUCAAGGAUGUCUUGGGAAACAGCUGACCUCGGUCCAUAGGGGAGGGGAGGUCACUGGUCUAUGGGCAGGGCUUAGAACCGACAGCACAGAUAUCUACUCAAAAUGUGUUGACUAACUAAUAAAGGACUACUCGAAGGUUGUUGACUCAAUGUCCACGCACCAAGAUAGCUGUAGGUCUGCUCUCCAUGGCACACCAUGUAUAAUUGUAUCUUGACUUACAGAAGGCACAAGGGACCAGGGUUGUGUCUGUGCGUUUGUGCUUGUUUCUUUGCGUGUGUGUGAUGCCUGUUUUUGUUUAUUGUGAGGGUGUGGGAAGAGACAGGAUUUCAUCUGAAAUGUUUAAGUGUUAGGGCCAGGAAUUCAAGCACAGUGUAUAAAACUAAUACCUUGGUCAAAUUCAUUGACAUAGCACUUAGGAUCUUGUACAAAUCCAUAGGUGUUGGAACUUGUGAGGGAUAAUGACAAGUACCAAUGCGGGGGCAGUGUACCAUGUAGCAUCUGCCCUCGUGGCAUGUGUGGUGUGUGCGCAUCUUGCUUCAGGCUGCUGUGUGCUACUUGACUUGUAUGGGGGAUCCAACACUGGCAGCACACAAAUUCUAUCAUCCUGGCAUUAUUUGAAUGACACUGAACGAGCUAUGUAUCUGUGAGUGAAAUAUGGGCUGAAAGACUGGUAGUUUUUCCUCAGGGGGAGGACAGUUCCCCCCAUGUGAUUGUAAAGGAUGCAAUACUUCAUACAUCGUCGGGAGAUUUCUUAGCUUUCAAAGAUGUGUAAACUUAUUCUGGUGUAGAUCACGUCAUGUAAAUGAAACUGCCCAAGUGUACUUAGGCAGUUUUUUGGUUUGUUUUACGGUCUUAUUUGCUUUGCGGGGAUGGUAUGUACAAACCACAUAGAUAUUAUUUAUUUACUGACGAUCAAUAAAUGACAGUGAUUACAAAACAAA